AUGAAUCUCUGGCUGAAGGCUUGUGCCUAUGUUCUGCUUGCUCAGCGAGCGCUAGCAUAUCCAUCUCCUGCCAUUUUCUACCAUAACCUUACCGUGGAAGAGUUUGACCCCGCCCUGCAAAAAAGGCAGAAUGUAGGUCAAGGGCAGAUGCUUCGCAUCUUGCCCCUCGGAGCCUCUAUUACCAACGGCGAAAUGUCUUCACACAAGUGUGGCUACCGAAAGCAUCUUCGCGAAGCUUUACGUGCGGCUGGGUAUGAAGUCGACAUGAUAGGAUCCAAACAGACUGGUAUAGACUUUGAUGACAAUGAUAAUGAAGGUUGGGGUGGCUAUACAAUUGAUCAGGUUCAUCAAAAGGGCAAGGCUAUGUACCCGGCGAAGCCAAAUCUUGUCUUGAUCAACGCAGGAACCAACAACUGCCGCUUGAAUGAGCAUGAUGCACUCGCGAAUGGCUACUUGGACAUGCAUAGAAUGGUUCUCGAUAUCUUCAACAAUAUCGAGGGAGUUACUAUCAUUCUAUCUGGCUUGUUGCCUAACAAUGCCCAUCCUCAGUGCAACAAAGAGCUAAACGAUGGCUAUGGUUAUCUUGUUAAUAGCCUAGCUGCUGAGGGAAAGAAAAUCAUCUAUGCAAAUCUGCAGUAUGAUUGGAUUGACUUAGCCGACGGCACUCACCCCAACGACGAAGGGUACAAGAAGCUGGCGGCCGUCUGGUUCAGGGCUAUUGAUCAAGCUCGGCAGAAGCAUUUCAUCACUGAUCCUGCUCAUAUUGACCCUGGAAAGGGCGAGAAUGGUGUCUGUGACAAGAAGCCAGGAGAGUAUGACCUCAGUGGACAAUCCCAGCGUGGUUCUGGUGCCGAUGAUGGGCCCUACAAGCACAAGGGUCAGGCUAUGGGAACGGCCCGUCUGUUUAUUAGCCCGAUUCACGUGAAGGACCUAGGCCAAACCCUCUUCGUCGCCAAGGUGAUGGGUGGUCUUGGAGGUAACCUGGUCUGGUACUAUGAGCCAGUACGAUACCCAGGUGAAUUCCGAGUAUACAGCUAUGACGACUGGAAGAGCGGAAUACGGAAUACGUUCAAGAAUGGUGACGGCUACGACGACUUUAUUUGUAUUGGACCCGAGGGUAACAUGCAUGUUCUAACCUUACUGGUAUCUGGCCUCCGUUAA